CAGGAUCAGCGGGGGUUGCUACGUCCGAUGGAUGGAUAGUGAACACGCAGGCGCUCCAAAUUCUCCUCACACUCACACAUCCGUUACGCAGUUGGAUCUCAAGUUAGUGGGGCCAUCUGGCUGGACUGCUCCGACACGUCGCUGGAACAGUUACCGGAGAGACACCAUUCGCGACACAAGCAGUCCAGCAGGCAGCCAGCCCGUCAGUUCGAUCAAUUCUGUGCUUUUCUCGGUCAAGAGCAUGGCGGCCAGCUGCUGCUGAUUCUGCUGCUGUACUAAUUCUUUUUCGACUCGCGGGUUUCCCGUCGCCGUGUGUCACUGUGCGAAGUUGCUGGGGUUGUGUAACCGCUUCCGGUGAAUUCCAGACGAGGAAAAUUGAAGCAUCCUUCGAUUCUCGGACGGAAGAAAAUCUGUGAUAAAGUACGCCGCUGGGGAUUGCAAAUCACUUGUCAAUCAGUGCCGUCGUGGAAGCCGUCCGUUCUCGAGUCGAGUGAGACAUCAAUCCGGGCGGAAGUUUUAAUCCGGGGGAAAAAAUCAGGUGCGAAGUGAUGUGAGACGGACUACUACGUUGAGUUCGAAUGCGAGGAAGACGAGUGAAGAAGAAUUUGAGAUGAUUUUCCCUCCUGAUCUGGAAUGAAGAGUGAUUGAAGUGCAAUAGAAGGCCGAUGAUGCCAGGAGGAAUGUCGGGAAUUUCCAUGGUGAUUGGUGACAUAAUUCUCCUGCUGCCUGCCUUGAUGGAAUGAGUCGCGUACAUAGCAAAGCAAGUGAAAAGGCAUUACCUAUAUUAUUUUGUGGCCGUUGUUGUAGCGAAAUGGGUUGCAAGUGAAGUGUUCCCACGAUGGAAAACACAGCAAGCGCAUAGGAGAAAGGAAAAGGAGAACAACACACCUUCUGGAGAGAUGGAAAAACGUCAACCUAUGUGAGCAGGGCAUGCUGUUGGGUGGAACACGGGGUGGAAUUUCCACCGGGACGAAGUGGUGAUAGCUGGUGCUGGUUGCUGGUGGUGACAAGCACCGAUGACGGGUGAAGCAAUGACGUCACGCGUAUCAGCUGUUGGUGGAAAUUCGGUCGUCGCACCCCAUCUGCAGCCGCCCAACGCGAACCACCCGGUGCAAGCGCUGCGGACCGACGACAUCGAGGUGCAGGUCAUCGAGCAGGGCACCGAGCUGCAUACCAACGAGAGGAAGACUGCGCCACAACACAAUACGACCAGCAGCAGCACCGGCAGUGGCAAACAAGGCGCCUCCAAGGCAGCACUUUUUCCCGUCGCCUCAACGGGAGCACUACAACUAUUAACAACGGCUCCAUCCCAAUCGUCAUCCACAGCACCUCUCUCGUCCAACCCUGCCUCCGCCGCCACUGCCAACAACGCCAAUGGUCGACCCUCACUAAAGAACCCGGUCGGUUGGGUAUGCUGUGCGCCCUGCAUCUGGCUGCGGGGCUCCUCGGCCGUGCACAAAAUGGCCAUUACGGCUGCUACGCUGCUGGUGACGUCCCUCCUGGUGGCAUCGCCCAUCCUCUUUCUCAUCUCGGCAGCCCCCUCGCAGCUACCGAAGGAUUGCCACGUGACGGACGAUGACGAUUGCCACCCGACGCCAGCUCCCCCACCCGAGUGUUCCGAUCCGAUUUGCCGGGCGGCGGCCAUCAGCAUACAGGCCCGCAUGAACUGGGACGUGGAACCGUGCCGGGAGUUCAAAAACUACAGCUGCUCGCCGCUGGAGAGCAGCAGCAGCCUUCGGGCCGUCAAGAGCCCACAGGAGAUUGCCGACAUUCAGAUGCAACAGCUCCUCUCGUUGAACACCACCACCGGUAUAUUCAGGAAACUGGGUCGCCUCUAUGGGAGCUGCCUGCGACAAACCCUCAACGAUUCCACCAUCAAACUGCGGCUGGACAAACUCGGUGGCUAUCUGCAAAUUGGUUCCGUUGGCCCUCAGAGCAUAUCGCCGCUGAUAGCGAAAAUCCAGUCCAUUGGCCCCAUGCCAAUCAUCGGCAUCUACUACGAUCUGAGCUACGGGCGGAAGCCGCAGACGUUGCUCAUCAUUGAUGGGCCCACGACAUCGGCGCAGAUACUGGCGAAUCCCGUCCGGUGGCAAGGUCCCAAAGCAGCCCCCAAUGACGUUACCGAGGACGUACCGGAGCUUCUGGACGAGCUGAUGAAUGUGUUUCUGCCGCCGGGGUUGAGUGCGGAGCAGCGACAGUCGGAAAAGAGUGUUAUAUUUAGCUUCAUACGGGAUCUGAAUCAGAUUCGGCGGGACUAUGUACAGAAGGACUUUACCAACAGUUACGUUCUGAAUAAUGUAACAGCCCUAAUGAGUACCCAUCCAUUCCUCCUAUGGCAGGACCUUCUGCCGGCGAACUGGACCGGUCCGAUUGUGAUCCGCAGUCCGGCCUAUCUGGAGCACUUGCGGCGGUUGCUGCUGGCGCACCAGAACCGCGUGAUCCACAAUGCGUUGCUGUUGCUGUUCGCGCUCAAUACGUUGCCACCGGGGCGGCCCUCGCCACUGGUCUGCGCCAAGGCAACUAAUUGGGCUCUGCCCGAGGUCAGCUCAGCCCUAUUCGUUGGCCAGUACAGCGAGGAAGUUAUCGGUCACGCGAUCCACCGGGCCGAAGAAAUGUUCGAAAACAUGAAGCAACACCUGAAGCGGGCCCCAUCGCUCCGAGGUGCGGCUCUGGUACGGCUUUCACAGCUUAAGGUCCAGGCCAAGGUAUGGCCAACGCUGUUCAACCGAACGGAAAUUGCCUCAAUCUUGGAUCAGAUUGAGAUCAGUUCCGACAAUUGGUUCGAAAACGUGCUCAAAAUCUAUCAGCUCAACAAUAACCGAUCGUCGGCGAGAAACGUCUCCGCGGAAAGCAUCCAUACAGCUUACGCCUACCCGCAAAUCGCCAAAAUCUUCUACGACACCCUGAGCCACUCGAUCGUGGUACCCCUCUCCGUGAUCCUGGUGCCCUAUUUCAACCCGGUCCUGCCCCCGUACCUGCACUACGCCACCCUCGGCACAGCGCUGGCCAAGGAAAUCCUCCGAUCCAUCACCAAAGCCUUCGAAACCAAAGUCAUGCAGUGCGUCCCGAACUCGGUCGACAUCUUCAGCAAUUCCAGCCGGAUGGAUUUGCUCAUCUACUCGGGAGGAAUGCAAAUUGCCUAUCACAGCCUGCUGUCGUUGACGGGACCCAUCAAGGGUAUGAACCGGUUGCCGGGCCUAAGUUUAACACCGCCGCAGAUCUUCUUCCUCAUGUCGGCCCAGGAGCUGUGCGCCGAGUCCGAGUACAGUGGCGUCGAUGUGCACUCGAACGAUUUCGAUGAAAUCUUGACGUGGCUGAUUUCGCAGGGCGGCAGCGCAUCGGACGUCUUUCAGUGCCACUCCAGCACGAUGCUGAGCUAUCAGAAGAACUGCGACAUUUGGUAGAUAGCGGCCACCCUCGUAGAACCACCCGGAUAGAGUAGACGAAGAGGCUGUUAGUAUCAGCAACAGCAGCAAUUAUUACAACCAAUUGUAGCGAUACUGUGCUGCACGGUAUCGGAAUUUGUCGGAUUCUAGGAAUCUUUUACCACAUAUGUAUUUUGAAUAGUGUUUAGGAAUAGUUUUAGGAGUUAGAAGUACGAGUGGUAAUCUAGUUGUUAGUAGUUGACGAUGAGUUAAGACUCCAUUUAGCGCUAGUAAAAAAUAAUGAAUUUAAAGAAAUGCAAAAGAUUGAAUUCCCACCUGAUUUCCCAUGAGAUGCUUUCGAAUAUUACAGGUGUGUCAAUUAGGCGAAGGAAAUGAAUUGAUAGUUUCUAAAAAUGUGCUUCAUUAGGUAUUGGAAUCCUGCGUAUAAGCAUUUUUCAGUAGAACUGAUAGUUAUCUGAGAACAAUAGAUGAAAUGAUAAUUCAGUCCAUAAUUGGUAGCAGUUGUGCUUUCACUCACGGAAUCUAGACGAUUAUAUUUUGCGGAUUCUUCACAUACACACAAACACACUUCAAGUAUUAACUAGUUUGAAUGGAUAAAUUAGCUACACACAUAACAUAGAAACCGAGUUAGUAUUAGAGGACAAAAUGCGAAAAUUAUACACCCACAGAGUUGACUUUUCGGUAGAUUUUAACUGUGGCAAUAGGUACGGUAGGAGAUGUUUAAAUCUGAACGUAAGAAAAUACAGAUAGUUACUUGUUUAGAAUCGACAAAUACACACACAUGCGGAUACAAGUGACCACUGCAAAGUAUUAGAGUGCAGAGCCUAUGUAUUUCGUGGUAGAAUACCCUGAAGUCGAAGAUGUUGUUACUAUACACUGAUAGGUAUUGUAAUGUUUCGGAAGAUGAGAAGUUACAGAUUUUAUUGGAAACCAAUCUUUAGGAAAAGAAAUUCGAUAGACCGAUAGACCUAGUGAUACAAUACAACUCGUCCUAAUCGUUCCGCGGAAGAACCAUGAGUAUUCGACGAAGAAAGCGAUGAAUAAAAUUCUUCGCUGGAAAAGAUUAUUAAAAAAACAAUAGUUUGUAAAGAAAUUACUAUUUGUGUAGAGACGAUAGCCGAUUGUUACAACGUAACACUUUCCUUUCCAUUGGAAGCUGGAAUCCAAGUCGUGAAAUAUUAAUAGUGAUCUGCAAUAUGUAGUUGUGAAUGAGAUAACAAGAAGUGUCCCUUAAAUAUAAAAGCAUACAUAGUUUAGUUCAACUGAUAUCACCUGUGACGAUAAUACUCGAGUAUCACGUGGAUUAAUGUGGAAUGAAAAAUCGAUCAGAUAAGGAAAAUGAAACGGAUUGCAUUUACAACACACCCAAAAGUAUUAUGUAUUCGGUUUUAGUCGAGAUUAGGCUGUAAACUUAAGCGUCCCGAUGAUGAAAUAGGUAUUAGGGAAUCAGAACUGUUGAAUGACUAAAGGUAUUACAGUGUAUGAUGAGAAUUUGCUUGUCAGAUGCAAUGGUGAUAAACAUAUGAUUUAGAAGCCCAAUUUUCAGCCUAUUUAUAGGGGAGACUGGGGAGACUUGAUCCCUUUUUCUUAAUUUACCUGAAACUUAAAGAAAAAAAAAACACAAAACUAGAUCCGAUUUCCGUACAAAAUGGCAGGCAAACAUCUGCAAGUUUGCAUCUUGCAAGUUAAUACACAACAGAAGGCUUUUAAAUUAUUGUUAAAGUUUUCAAAACUGUGUUUUUAUGGAGGCAUUUCUUAUGAUGUAUUUUUCAAAAAUGGGUGACACUUGAUCCCCCUUUGAGCGCAUGGUUUAUUUAAAUGGAAAAUAAUUCCAGAGUCUUCCUAUUCAUCUUCUUUUCGAGUUUUCUUGUAUUUUCGAUGAAUAUGGAGUGUUUGAAAUUGUAAGAUUUCCUUAAAUUUUUAAGGAUAUGCCGUAUUUAAAAAAUGGGGAGACUUGAUCCCCCUUUUCUUGGUUUGUACUAAAGUUAUAAUUAUCUGACUCAUUUUAUCGUUGAAUAGACUAGAAUUCCAAGUAAAUAGAGGCUUCCUAAUAGAAUUUUAUUUUUCACAUGUAUAAUGUGUAAUCCUCGAGGGAUCAAGUCUCCCCAUGCCACUGUUGUUUAUACUAAGCUGAAUUAAUUAAAAUAUGUUAACAAUAGCCUUAUUUGGAUAAAUAAGUUUGAAAGUAUUUUAUUAAAUCUGUGUGCUGUUAAAUUUUGAGACGAUUUGGUUCAAGUUUCACAAAGUUAUUGAGAUUUUUCGGAAUCGCCUAAAAGAUUUCUGAAGGACUGAAAACAAACCAUCAGCCGUUAAAAAAUAAUGCAAUGUACAAUCGAAAUCACUUGUAGCCAAAACAUAGUCGUUUGUCCAGGAGUAGUUAGUGAGUGACAUAGUUGGUGACAUAGUACCGAAAGUUGAGUAAUUUUAACUGACAGUUGAGAAAAAGAACUUCGACGCUAGGUACUUUGGCCGUAUACGUCUAAAUGCAAACUACCUACCUCAACGUCGACUCUGUCAACUCAAAAUUGGCUUCCCGCACGCAACCUCGAAGUUGGGUCGAAUGAACUCACUUUUGGGUACUUUCGUUUUUCCGUGUAAGGACCGAAGGAGUGGUGAAUUGCCAGUGUGGUACCUUGCAGGUGUACAAACCUUGUAGUCAAAAUUGAGAAAAGGCAUUGAGAAAAUGGCCUCUGAAGUUUUCAAAUUCAAUUUCUAUGCGAAACUCUAAAAAAUCGCCAUGAAUUGAAAACUUCUGCGAUCAUCAUGAACCUUUCACAUGUUGUUUCAAACGAGAAAACGUAACAUUGAAAAAUAUAAAACUGGGCUGAAAUAGUGUUAGGUUUUAUAUUGGAGGGUGCCCAAGUUCGUAAUGGGACUGACUUGCGAUCACAUUUCAUUAUGGGACAAUCUGACUUGUUUGAAAAACUCUUUGCUCUCGAUGUGCUCUCUUCACUUCUCAGCUACCAUAGUUUUACCUGUUUUACUUUGAUUGCACGGGAUAUGACGCCGUUUUUUUCCACAUGUCAUUGACAGUUUCGUAAAAUUUCCGCAUAUAAUUUUGUUCCAUACUGUUUUGCGCCUCAGAUAAUUAUAGUUUUCUCUUACUUCCUUCUUUCUCCGGUGACUUCGGUGAAUUCCACUCUCGGCUGCUCUCGCUUUCUUGUAUCUUUCUCUAUUCUACCGGGUACUAGUCACUAAUAUGCGGCUUUGGCACCACUCUUCUCGCCCGUCACCUUCUGGCAUUCCUUAUCGAACCAUCCGAUUUUCAGCCAAUUUUGUUCAUUACCUACCUAUCACUUUUCGCGCUGCUGUGCUCACUACUUCGUCAUUCCUCUUAUCCGCUUAGACUCAGCAAAUUCGCCAUAGUUGAUUUUCAUCUUUUAACGAUGCAAAUCAACAAGAAAACAAUUGUGAACAAAAGCUCAAAGAGAUAGUUGCAUUCAUUCAAACUUCACAAUUAGCCCAAAUUAUGAUAGAAAUAAAAAAAAAUCCUUAAAAUUUCGGCUUCCUUGCACCCUAUUUCGCCAUAGUGUACCAGUUAUGGCUACUUCCAUAAGGAAUGCAUGUAAAUACAGUAGACGUUCGAUAAGUGCAACAUCUUUACGUUUCAGUGACCGAAUGAAAUUCGCUAACUGCAACGACUGACAGACGUCAAACGGUUGCCAAUUGCUGUUGGACGCAGCCAAAAUGCACUCAAAAACAUCGAAAUGCAACUAUAGUGCAUCCGAAAAUCAUCGCUACUCUGUUGACGUUUUGAUUUUGACAGAUAGCGGUGCGAUAACUGCAAAAUUGUUGCACUUAGCGGACUUGCAGUUAAAAAGCAUUGCAGUUAAAGCGUUUGCACCGAGCGAACGUUUACUGUAGUGCGAAGUGGAACCGAAAUAAACAAGAUAAUGUGCCCAUAACUAGUUCAGGGUUCCUAUCAUUGGCACACGCCAUAAUAAAUAUUAAAAGUGGGAUUGGCUGUGAGUCUGUAUUUUUCCUGUAAAGUAUGAAAACAAAUCUAUCAUUUGUCAUAUCGAUGACAUUCAUCUUCAUAUUUUUGUAGAAAUAGUUUUCCUUAGGUAGUGCGAUAACUGGUACAGGCACCCUAUUUACUUUCUGGUGGUACUCAUUUGUCACGCUUUCUGCCGAGAAGCGAUGCAUAUUGAAACGCAACAGUUACAGUAUUCUUGAGUUGGUCAGGGUUAAGACCCGUGCUCUUAUCUUACUGACAACGGGAUAGUGAUCACAUCAAGGAUCACAAUCGAUGUUUGGUUCUCUGCAGGUCCAGCAGAACGUUAGGUCUGUUUAGUUGCAAAUUUCAUCAUAUUCAUAUUUUACCAGCUCAUGCAUUUUUGAUCAAUAACGGCACCACCCAAGUCCUUAUAGUCAGUUGGGAAGGGAAAGGAAUGUUAGCGUGUGCUGGUUGUUGCUACUACCCGAGCAGAGGAAAAAAGCUCAAUAACAGCAUAUUUUGAUACGGAGAUCAAAAAGUGAUAUUUGUUUGUUUGAGAUAAGAGGUAAAAGUACUGAAAACAAUAUCUCAAAUUUACUCCUGGAGCAUCGUCAUGAUAGCACAUUUAGCUCAAGAGCGAUUCCACGAACAAGUGGGAAAUUUUUCCAGUUUUUAUUUUUUGUAUUUUUUGAUUUGCAUGGAACCUUGCAUACAAGUUUUUGGGGAACAAAAACGCCGUUUUGCAUACUUGGUUCGCCAUUUUUAAUCUAGCCUUACUUAUGAGAAGGGCCUAUGAAAAAUGCACAUGAUAUCUUCAAAAAAUUGUAUCUCGAAAACGGUUUGUCCGAUCGGUUUGGUGUCUUCGGCGAAGUUUUAGACAAUUGUUGGUGCUAUAUGGAGAAAAUAUGCACGGUAAAAAAAUAUGUUUGGUUUUUGUGAUUUGAACUAAAAUAUAGUUUUUCCCUCAAAAGUGACAUGUCAAUAUUUUUUUAUUAUCCUUAUGUUAUAGCUGACUGAAAAUGCUACCUAGUGCACAGUGGGUUGUUCUGGAGAAAAAUAGGUUACAAUGAAAAAAAAAUGUUUUAAAAAAUUACGGUUUUCAAAAAAAGCUAUUAAGUAAAGUCAAAAAAGUUUGUCGCCCUAAUUUUAUGAAAGUACAUCAAAUUUGCAAGAAAAAAGUACUUCGGUAACAUUUUUCUAAGAUGCACCGUUUAGAAGAUAUUACUAAUUUAAUAUUGAUUUUUUUGAUAACUUAAUAAGUUUUAGCCCUUUUCGAAUGUACUCCGUGUUUCUCCAGUUUCAAAAGUAUUUUUUCGGAAAGAUUGGAAAAUUUUGAGUUAAAAUGACACUGACAGCUUAAAGAUUUGAGUGAAAUUCUCUGCCUUAAAAGUAUUUUGAAAAACAAGUUACAAAAUCCCACUAUCAGGAACAAUGAUUUCUUCCAGUGGUUUUUGGUGUAUUGUGUUGAAAAUGUGCAUUCAACUCUUGCAUAUCGCAAGCUCCUCAAUUAGCAAGAUUCAAAAGAGCGAAUAAGGCUUAUUUUUCAGGGGUGGUAUUUGUGCGCAAUAAAAAAUAACAUUAUACUUUGUACAUCAGUUUAUUUUUAUUCCUGUAUUUUUAUCAAAUUAUUGUUUACACAACUUUCUUAACAAUAUCGAAUAUUUUGGCAUCAUUGUCAGGGCAGUUUGAAUAAAGCUUUGCCUUUAUGGUAUUUUCUGAUAGAGGAAGAAAUGAGUGGAAUUUUUGAGUUCCUUGAAUUGUUUUUGCAUUAUUAUAUUGAUUAUUUAGCUGCAAAGACAUAUUUUCGUACUCUUCUGUAGUAGAAUAACAGAAUGACAACUUUGUAAGUUCUUCUUCUUUUCGUUUGUUUGCCCAAUUAAACAACUCUCUUGCAGUCUUUAUCGGGUGUUCGCGUUCUUUGGCUAAACUUGCUCUGGUAGCCAUGCGUUUUAUCGUACCUCCAAUAGCAUCGCAUGGACCUUUUCCGUGCGAUGUUGCGAAGAAAUGCCAUUCAGCGUCAAUACCAUACUUUGACUUAAACUUACAAAGGCUAGAAAAGUUUUUUCGGUUUUUAUACUGUGAAGCAGCACCAUCUGACAUAAAAUAAUUUUUUUUCAUGUUUUUAUUUUGAUCAAUUUGUAAAAAGUUCAUCAUUUUAUCAAUAAACAAAUUAACAGCGACUGAAUCAUGUCUUAGUUCUAUUGAAAUUAUAAUGAAGCUAAAAUGUUUAAUUUGCCUAUUUUCAGUAUAAUAUAUUACGAAAGGAUGGAUUGUGGCCUGUUGCACGUUCCAAUGGUGUGAUUGAACUUCAUCCUGCAAAACGAAGCUGUAAUUUUCAGAAAAGUCACAAAUAGCCAAAAAUUCACCAUCUUGCAAGUUCUGUUUUGUAGUUUUCAAAAAAUUGGAUUGUUCGGUUUUUACAAAAUCAUGCGGAAUCAAACUUUCUAAUUUUGAGCUGAAAAAUGUAACAAAGUCAUCGGUUUGCUUUACAAUAGUUUCUAAAUCACAUCUGUCAGUGGUAACCCAUUGUUCGAAUGAAAGCUUUUCAACAAAGUUUUCUUCCAGUUGUUUCAAUAAACUGUCUUCUAAAACUGAGGUAUCUGGGCAGUUUUUACAUCUUCGUAGAUGGCAAUGAGUUGUCUUAUUUUCGCAAAGUAAUCUAUUCGUUAAUGUUUUUAGAUCAUUCAAGACAUUGUAUUUUUUUAAGCUAUGUAGAAUUAAAUUGACAUUUUUAUGCGUAGUGCAAACGCAAACAUUAUGUGUUCCUGUGAUAGUCAAUAGUUUACAUUGCCUUGGCCGGAGGCUUGCAAAUGAUGAAAACCCUAUUUUUACAUUGACGUACACUUCAUUAAAGCGAUUAAAAGCUUCUCUUAAUGUCAUCAUUAACAAUCUUUUCUGAACAGCUAAUCUCUUAUUUCCUGUCUUUACGCUAACAAAAUCUCUUUGGCCUGGCAUUGCACGGCUUAUAUCAUCGUCCUCAAAAAAAUUCAAAACCAGUUCUUUUGUUUCAUUACUCAGAGCUUUUCCAGAGCUUGAACCUUGAGAUGAAUCUAAUACAUUAUUUUUUUCCUUUUUUGCAUCUGAUGCCAUAUUUCUACUAGUUUUAAAUUCGUCUACAAUUUUUUGUACUGACCAUGAUUUUGGUAACAAUGAUAAAAUUGAUAGUUUUUCUUGCCUUGUGGCUGAAUUUAAAAAUUUAAUUUUCAUAUUUUCUAUGACUUCAUUAAACUCGUUUGCUUUUUCUGUUUUAGCGUCUAAUUUAAAAAGAUUUCUUCGUACACCUUCGACGAUUUCAGCGCACUUUUUUUCAGGAUAGUGAACAUUUUUAACCUUACCUAAAUCUAUAGGCGAAACACGAAUAGCUGCUAUUCCUCGGUUGAAUAUUUCGACGUCUACAGGCAUCGUGAAGUCUUCAUUUGAUUGAAUUGUGCUUAGCGUUGACGCUGAUGGUAUCGUGACCAAACUUUCAUAGCUUUGCGAAUCAGGUACAACAGGUAUGGUCUGAACAGUUGGCAUCCUUGAGCCACCGGCUACGCUUUGUUCUUCGUUUUGGGUGAGGUGAGCGUCUAGACGGCAAGACGAACAAAUACGAAAAUCCUUGGUGUUCAGUGUGGAUACCUUGGAAAAUCCAAUUGACUUUAGUUUUUGGAUGAUACCAUCCGUGAGAUAUCGCAGCUCUUUCGAACACUGAAUGUCUUUGAAUGGACGAAUACAUCUGAUUUUACUCAUUUUGUAAUCUGUAACAUAGAAAAUAUUUUCCAAUUGUUAGUUUUGAACGAAAAUAUCACAACACAUAUAAUUAAAAUGUGUAUUUAAAACUUACCUUUGCACCAAAACGUGUUACACUUUCCUUUACAAUUAUUAUGUUAUCAAACAACACUG